AUGGAAACAAAGAUUCGCCACAUACAUAAGUUCAUACAAAAUGUCCAAACACCACAGUCCCGUCAUAUUGAUUCACAUACAACAACCCACACUUUAAAUCCAGAAACUAUACUGUUUGUACCAACACACAACAUAGCCAACCCACACAACGCACAGUCGUUUGAGAACCCGUCUGUACAAGCCAGUCAUACGUUCAACACACAGCAAAGCACAUUUUCGUCAGCUAGUAGUCACCGCCUACCCAAACUUUCGCUUCCAAUAUUCUCAGGGAACAUCUUAGAAUGGCAAACUUUCUGGGACUCAUAUGAGUCGGCCGUACACCUUAACUUGUCACUUACAAAUGUACAAAAAUUCAAUUUCUUGAAAGCACAGCUAGAAUAUGAAGCACUUGAUUCUAUAGCGGGGUUCGCACUUACAAAUGUAAACUACGAUGAAGCCGUAAAUCUAUUAAAAGAGAGGUUCGGUCAACAAGACAAAAUCAUAAAUGCAUACAUGCAGGCAUUAUUAGAAAUCCCUUCGCCUAGAAAUCAGAUAACAAGCUUACGAAGCUUUUACGAUAAAAUGGAAAGUUACGUCAGGGGAUUAGAAGCUUUAGGUCAGACACAAGAAACAUACGGCACUCUACUUGUUCCAAUUAUUAUGAAGAAAUUACCCGGGGAAGUCAGACAACAUCUCGCGCAAGAACACAGAAUACAAACUUGGGUAUUACGGGACCUCCGUAGGAGCAUUUUAGAUGAGAUUAAUAUAAUGGACGCAGGACAAGAGUUAGAGUCGACAAACCAUUUGCCCACAACAUCGUCUUUCUUUGCCGGAGCGAAAUCGGCAAAGUCCAAAUCUGUCAAGAAUAUUGAGACAAGACCUUGUGUGUUUUGUCAUGAAAUACACGCACCUACCCAGUGCAGUAAAAUAACCGACACAGAAUCACGUAUGAUAAUAGUAAAACGUGAAAAGUUAUGCUUUAACUGCCUUGGUAAACACAGAAUAAAUGAUUGUAAAUCUAAACACACAUGUAGAAAUUGUAAUAAGAAACACCAUACAAGCUUGUGUAAAUCACGUCCAACAAACAACAUAAAACCAGUGAAUGAGGUAAACCAUAGAAACGGGAGUAGUAACUCAGCAAAUACGAACUUCCACGCGAAUUAUAACCAGAGCAGCAACCCGUCAAACCCGCCAUCGACAAACGUUCAACUCGUUAAUGAACUUCAUGAUACAGAAGAAGAUACUACCAUUUUGUAUUCUCAAUCGACAGAAUCGCGAUCAAAUGUACUUUUGAAAACCGCCGUAUCUCAAGUAGGCUCAAAUCAGCACUUUAUCGAAACGAAUAUUCUAUUUGACGAAGGAGCUCAAAGAUCGUUUUUGACGCAGAACUUAGCGAAUAAACUCAAUUUACAGAUAGAAGGAACAGAGAUAAUACAUUUAUCGGCAUUUGGAGGUGAAGAGAAAAACACGAGACACUUAGAAAAGACAACAAUCUAUCUGAAAACCGAUGCCGGACACGUAUUGCCAAUCAAAGUACUGAUAGUACCGAUGAUCGCCACGCCUCUACAGAAUCACAUACGUAAUAUUGAUACACAGAACGGUUAUUUACGUGGUUUGAAGUUACCACACACGAUGACACAGCAAGAUUCGUUUGAUAUAUCCUUGCUUGUAGGUGCAGAUCACUACUGGGACAUUGUAGAAGACCAUAUUGUACGGGGAAUCGGUCCGACCGCCGUGAAAUCCAAGAUCGGAUAUUUGCUUUCGGGACCUACAUACAGUAAGAAAACUAACACAUCGAAAACUAACAUGUUUAAUGUUUUAAUAUCACACAAAGAUGAAGAAUACAAUUUAGAGAGAUUUUGGAAUUUAGAAUCAAUAGGUAUAAAUAGUAAGGAGUUAGACGAAGACGACGAGACCACCUACAUAACAGCAUAUCAGGACAGAUCAAUUGAAUUCAGAGAAAAUAAGUAUUUCGCUAGGUUACCAUGGAAACAGGACCAUGAUGAAUUGCCUACAAAUUUAGCAGUCACGAAGAGAAGGACAGAAAACGUCAUUAAAAGACUUACCCAAAACCCUGAUAUGUUAAAGAAGUACGGGAACAUUAUACAAGAACAGGAACGAAGGGGGUUCAUAGAGAGAGUGGAUGAAACAGCUGAAACUCAAGGAAUAAUACACUAUAUUCCUCAUCAUCCAGUACAGAAGGAAUCAAGCACUACGCCUAUCCGAAUCGUUUAUGACUGCAGUUGCCACCAGUCGCCUAAUUCGCCUAGUUUGAAUGACUGCCUCUUGGACACACCGCCGAAACUAAACGACCUGACAAAAAUUCUGAUGAGAUUUAGAGCCAACCCUGUCGCCAUAACAACGGAUAUUGAAAAGGCCUUUUUACAUGUUGGCUUAAACGAAGAUGACCAAGACGCUACACGUUUCUUGUGGCUCAGUAACCCAUCAGACCCUACAAGUAAUCUACAGACUUACAGGUUCAAAUCCGUCCUUUUCGGAGCAACUUGUUCGCCGUUUAUGCUUAACGCCACAAUACUGAAACAUUUACAUCGUUACAACAGUACAACAGCUACAUUGAUGGAAAGAGACUUGUACGUGGACAACAUUCUGACAAGUUUACAGAACGAGGAUGACGCUAAUACAUAUUAUAAGGAAGCAAGAACAAUGAUGAAGGAAGCUGGAUUCAACCUACGAUCGUGGACAUCGAACAGUGAAAAUAUACGCACGCUAGCCAAGACGGAAAAUGUACUAGAUAAGGACAUCAACACAAAAGUACUUGGUAUGUUAUGGAAUAGCAAAUCCGAUGAUCUGAUGUACCAGAAAUGUGAGAUUCAACUACGAGACAUUGUAACAAAAAGGGAGAUUUUGAAACAUUCUUCCAAAAUAUACGAUCCACUUGGAAUACUCAGCCCCGUCACAAUACGAGCAAAGAUGCUCAUACAGGAUCUAUGGAAAAGUAAACUUGAUUGGGAUGAACCAGUUAUGGAAAACUUUAAGGCUACUUGGAUUAAUGUGGCAAGCGACUUAGAGAAAGCGACACAAAUCGUAUUUCCCAGAUAUUAUUUCUCCAGUAAUUCUACUUCGACACAAUUUGAACUAAACGUAUUUUGCGAUGCGAGUCCAAAAGCGUAUGGAGCGACUGCAUAUCUGAACAACGGUACCGAAACUACGUUAGUGAUGGCGAAAAGCAGAGUAGCGCCAGUGAAAAACCUAACAUUACCGCAAUUAGAACUUAUGGCCGCAGUUAUUGGAACUAGACUAGCGUCACAUGUAAAAUCGACUUUUGAAUGUAAAAACAUGGUUUUCUGGUCGGAUAGCUGCAUAGUAUUACACUGGAUAAAAUCAUCGAAACCGUUAAAACGAUUUAUUGCAAAUCGAGUGGGAGAAAUUACAGAGUCUACAAAUCAACAUGAAUGGAGAUACUGUCUUACAGAAUACAAUCCAGCAGAUCUCUUAACACGAGGAAUUGACGCCGAUCAAUACAUCAAUAGUGUCAUUUGGAAAAAAGGACCAAAUUGGUUAACGACUCGAACAAAAUGGCCAGAAUUAACUCCUACAAGUAAAACAGUAUUGACAAUUACAGGAGAAAACGACGACGAGGAAUUUCAAAACAAUGACGUUCAUACUGACUACUAUGGUAUAAGUAACAUUAUAGACAUUUCGAAAUAUGGGACUUUCAGGAAAUUGAUUCGAGUAACCGCUUACGUUCAGCGGUUCAUAUCUAAUUGCCGAUAUACCAAACAUCUGAGAAAAAGUGGAGUCUUAACGACAAAUGAUAUUAAUAUCGCGGUGCGUUCAUGGAUAUUAGAUUGCCAAAAAUCUUCAUAUUCCGCCGAAAUAAAAAGUUUACAGGACACACGAAAUAAAAACACAAUGAAAUAUCCAAGAAUAAGACAACUAGGACUCUUCAUAGAUGACGAUGGCCUUGUGAGAUGCAACGGUAGGAUUCACAAUGCACCGAUUCCAGAGAAUACUAAAUUUCCAUAUCUUAUACCUGCAAAUCAACCACUUACCAAACUGAUAGUGAUAGACGCACACGAACGUUCACUCCAUUCUGGACUAAAUGCUACCCUAACUUAUGUACGACAAUCGUAUUGGGUACCGACACUCCGACAAUUUGUUAAGAAGUUAUUAAACAAAUGUGUAAUUUGCCGCAAAGUUAUGGGAAAAUCUUACAACAAACCGGAUCCGCCACCCCUACCGAAAAUAAGAGUACAGGAAGCUUCGCCAUUUACCGUCACAGGAGUCGAUUAUACAGGUGCUUUAUACGUAAAGGACUCAGAAAGAACUUUAAAGAAAGCAUAUAUAUGUUUAUUUACAUGCGCAUCGACAAGAGCAGUUCACCUAGAAGUAGUUCCAAACUUGAGCGAACAUUCAUUUAUUCAGGCAUUUCGGCGCUUUGUUAGCCGUAAAUCUUUGCCUAAGAUUCUAGUAUCUGACAAUGCAACUACAUUCAUUGCAGGAUCUGCAGAAAUAAAAAGAUUAUGUGAAUCGGAUAUAGUAAAAAAUACUUUAUCAACACACGGUGUCGAGUGGAGAUUUAUACCGAAACGUGCACCUUGGUAUGGUGGAUUUUGGGAGCGCUUGAUUGCUCUGACGAAGACAAGUUUGAAGAAAGUGCUUGGACGAUCCCAAGUAAACAUGGAAACAUUACAAACAGUUGUUACGGAAAUAGAAACUAUCUUAAAUGACAGACCGCUAACAUAUCCAUCAUCCGAUAUCAAAGACUGUGAAGCUUUAACGCCGUCUCAUCUAUUAUAUGGAAGGCGGAUUUCAACAUUACCGUACCCGCAAUCAGAAAUUGAUAAUUUCCUAGACCCGACUUACAUGGGACAUAAAGAUCUUAAUAAAAGUGUACACAGACAAACGCAAUUGAUUCAACAUUUCUGGAAAAGAUGGAAAUCCGAAUACCUUACAUCUUUACGUGAAUUUCAUAGGACAAUCGGAAAAAAUGAACAAUUAAUAAAUAAAGGAGACAUCGUACAAAUUCACAACGAAUGUCCGAGGAUAAACUGGAAAAUUGGGAUCGUAACCGAACUUGCGAGAGGUAAUGAUGGACUUGUAAGAUCAGCACGAAUAAGGACCAGCACGGGAGAAACUACAAGACCAAUCGCCAAAUUAUAUCCUUGGAAGUAA